AUGUCUCUCAGAAACACCACCGCUCUGAUCACUGGAGGAUCCGGAGGUAUUGGAUACAGAAUUUCAAAGGCCUUUGCCAGCGCAGGAGCUCGAGUUAUCAUCCUGUCUCACAAGAAAGAAGAAAUUGAUACUGCUCUGUUCGCUUUACCUGAACGACUUGAGGGAGAGAAGCAUCAUGAAGGCAUUGUCCACAACGUCACCUCGGAACAACCUCCUGCUGGAGUAGACUUCUCUGAAGUAGAUGUUCUUGUCAACUGUGCCGGCAUUUCUCUCACCGGUCUACUCUCAACCACAUCAACUAAAGAUAUACAAAAUGUUGUCAACGUCAAUCUAGUGGGAACCAUGUUCAUGACCAAGUUCGCCAUGGAAGCCUGGCAGAAAAGAUACCCUGAAAGAGCUGCUUCAGAUAGAAAGGCGGAAGGAAAUGGCUGUAUCAUUAACAUUUCUUCCAUUCUCGGACUUAGAGCCGUCUCUCCUGGUUUGUCUAUCUACGCAGCUACAAAGACUGCUCUUAUCAUGUUCACCAAGAGCAUGUGUGUGGAGGGAGGGAGAAUGGCUAUCAGAUCCAACGCUAUUUGUCCAGGAUACGUCAGAACUGAAAUGACCAAGGCUCAUGAACUGUCUUUCAAGACUCCUCUCCAGGAGUUUGGAGACACUGGAGAUGUGUCAGUAGAGAGCAUUGCCAAUGCUGCCAUGUAUUUCGCUACCAAUCCUCAGGUUAGUGGCUCAAUCCUCAGUGUUGACAAGGGAAUUUGCGCCAACUGA